AUGGGCGCGGCGUCCUGCGGGGACGACGGCGCGGCCUCGUCCUCCGUGGCGGCCCCCUUUGGCGUGUGCCUGGACGACGCCGCCAACCAGCUCUACGUCCUGGAGGGCGGCUGCAGCCGCGUGCGGCGCAUCGACCUGAGCGCCGCCACAAUCGCCACCGUUGUCGGCACGGGCGUGAGUGGCUCCACCUUUUCGCCCGACCCCUUGGCCGCGCAGCUGUCGCGCCCCUCGGGCUGUGCGCUGCUGGCCUACGACGACGGCCUCAACCCCACCACCCUGUUCUUCACGGAUCACGACAACGGCCACGUGCUGGCCUACUACCCCGCAAACGACACGCUCGCGGUCGUCACCGACGGCCUGACCCUCCCAGCGGCACUCGCGAUUGACCGCACCAACCACCUGCUGUAUGUGGUGGAGCGUGGUACUGCCAUGGUCAGCGCCAUCCACGCUGUGCAGCUACCGCGGUGA